CCCAAGCUGUUCAGCUCCGGGGACGAGUCCUUCGAGGAGGAGCUGAUGGCGCAGCUGGAGGAGUACGAGCAGGUGAUCCAGGAGUUCCAGCUGGAGCUCGGCGUGGCCCGGACCAGAUACAGCCUGGCCACAGGAGCCUGCAUCUCUCUGCAACGGCAAGUGGACCACCUGGAGUCGCAGCUGCAGAAGGUGAACUUGGAGCACGAGCUGCUGCAGAAGGAGCUGCGGGAGCGGAAGCUGCAGCUCCAGGCCAUGACCGACAAGUUCUCCAACCUCCGGGAGGAGAAGAAGCAGAAGGAGGUGAUGGGGCUCAUCGAGAGGGACAACCUCCUCCUGCGACAGCGAGUGUGGGAGCUGGAGCAGGAGCUGGCCACGCGGGACCACGCCAUCUCGGGGGCCGAGGCCAAGGUGUGCCAGCUGCAGGCGCAGGUGGGCCAGUGCCAGAACCACCUGGAGCGGCGCCGGCAGCUGCAGGACCAGGCACAGGGCAAGAUCGAGCUGGCGCAGCAGGCAGAGCAGCAGGUCCGGGUGGCGCUGGAGAGCGCGCAGUCCCGGCUCGAGAGGCUGAGAAACAAGAUCAUCCAGGCGGCCUUCAGCACCCCCGGCUUCAAGUUCAUGUCCUCCGAGAUCUCGGACAACGACAUCCUGGACGCCUUGCAGCGGAUCAUCGCGGAGCGGAUGGACUACUACAACCAGCUGAGGCACAAGGGCGUCAAGGUGCCGCCGCUGCUGCUGGCAGACGUGUUCGCCUCGCCCAGCAAGUCCCGGAAGGUGGCCUCCAAGUAGCCGCUGCCGGAGCCGGGGUGCCCCCCCCCUCCGCUCCGGUUUGGAAUUAAACUCUGUUGU